CAAUGAGUGAACACUCGCCCUACCCACGACAUGCCGUGAACGGUAUCCCCCAUGCAGAGCGCAUAACUGCAGAUUCCUCGAGCGAAGCAUUUUCUUUUGAUGAAACCCAUGCAUCAAGGACCGAUUUUGCUCGUUCCGAAACAACUCUUGGGCAGGCUUCGAACUAUCCACAAAUACCCAUCGGCCAGGCUGUAUCAUUUGACUUCGACUUUAAUAAUGUCUCACUCAACACAAGCAAGGUUCCCACUUUACAUGGCUGUGCUUCAGACGAAGCCAUAACACCUAUCAAUCAUGAGCCUCGAAUUGAGAAAAGCGACCACACAACAGCUCCAUCCGCGCCCGAGACACCUGCAAAGGCCAGAUUGAACGCUCGCGAACUUCUUUUCAUCAUCAAUGUCUGCAUGGCUCAGUUUCUCACACUCGGCGGACUUGGCCAGUCCGUAGCACCGCUCUUCAUCAUCGGCAAAGACCUGGGAGUUGCCGCGACGGACCUUGGAACGAUGAGCUGGUACACUGCAGCGUUCAGUUUAACAGUUGGUGCAUUCAUAUUGCCUGCAGGUCGUCUGGGAGACAUGUACGGGCAUAAACGCAUGUUCAUCGUCGGAUGGAUAUGGUAUGCCAUCACUUCAAUCAUUGUAGGCUUCAGCUACGCACCCAAGUCGAAUGGUUCCAUAAUGCUCAGCGUCACACGCGGAUUUCAAGGCAUAGGACCCGCCAUCCUGGUGCCGAAUGCCAUGGCGCUCGUCGGUACCACUUUCCCUGUUGGCUUGAAACGCAACAUGGUAUUCUCGGCAUUCGGCGCAUGUGGUCCCACUGGGUGGCCCUGGGCGUUCUGGGUCCUCGCUAUACUCUGCAUCGGCAUGGCGGCCCUAUCAUUCAUGGUUAUACCUGCUCCGCUUCCGCGAGAGUUCAACAACUCCACUUUCGAUUUUGCAGGCGCUUGCACAGGUGUAUCUGGACUCGUCCUGUUCAAUUUUGCACUCAACCAGGCUCCUGUGGUAGGCUGGAACAAGGCGUACAUUCCUUUUACUCUAGGAAUGNGGGUGAUGCUGCUCAUUGCUUUCGUCUACCUCGAGAUGAACCACGCACAGCAAGCCUUGGUGCCCGUUCGAGGUCUCAGCAAAGAGGCUGUGUUAGCACUCUCGUGCAUCGCUGCCGGCUGGAGUAGCCAUGGCAUCUGGCUCUUCUACCUAUNNUUCCAGUUUGUGCAGCGUUUCAGAGGAUCCAGCGCCAUCGCCGCUGCAGCACAAAUAUCCCCAGUGGCCAUCACGGGAGUCGGCUUUGCCAUGUCCGCGGGUUGGCUGGCCCGAAAGUUCAAGACAUCAUAUAUCAUGUUGUGCGCCAUGCUCGGUUUCUUCAUCGGCACACUCUUCCUGGCUUUCGUGCCUGUACACCAGACCUACUGGGUUCUCACCNUUCUGAGUGUCCUUGUCAUGCCCAUCGGCAUGAAUUGGAGCUUCCCAUCCGGCACCAUCUUGCUCAGUAACGCCAUGGCCAAGGAACAUCAGGGCAUUUCUGCGAGUCUGGUGUCCACUGUGGUCAAUUACAGUAUCAGUAUUGGCUUGGGUAUUGCAGGUACCGUGGAGAGAUAUGUGAGCCAGAACCACGGCCCCUUGUGGGGAAUCCGAGGGGCGUGGUGUCUGGCGCUCGGGCUCGAUGCCAUCGGCGUGGGCAUUGCGGUGUAUUUCGUCGUGAUAUCACGACGGCAGCAAGCGUCA